GCUGAUUCCCAAAAUCUCGAAAGCUCUCCUGUGCUUUCAUGUUCCGUCUCAUAUCUCAUAUCCUUUGCCUCCCUUUCAUUUUUGCACAUUGAGAUAGCUACCAACUCCAGCUCUGGCCUCCACCACGGCCGCAGAAAGGCGACCGACACCUAACACGCCUUCCCCGCCUUCUUGCGCAGCGAUCUUCAGUGCCUCACACCUAGCCCUACCUGUCGACCUUCCUAUAAAUAACAUUGCGUGCGCCACUUCGCGGGACCUUAUUGGAGCCUCGACGUCCCUGACCUGACGAUGGCUGCUCGUCAAGGAAGGCCUGACGAGGAGCUCUUCCUUUCGAGGCCCUCAACAAAUGGCGGAGACAGCCCUACUGUCGAGCCCUUAAGAAUCAACAAACCAACAAGUCCGGAACCUCGAGCAGGCUCAACUGGCUCCGGUCGUUACAACUAUCCGCCCUCAUCCAGCAAGCCCACAUUUCCACUACCACCUGGAGCAUCGAGCUCUGCAAACCCGCUACCCUAUCCAGACGACGAAGAUCUCUACGAAUACCCUCCGCCCCAAUCUCGCACACACUAUGCCUCACGCCCAGACGAUCAGAGGAUAACACCAGACAGAUCAGGUUCGGGGGGCAUCAACAAUCAGAACCGGCCAACGGCAAAUGGCAGGAGAGCAUUGAACGAUACAACCCCGCGACUCACAACCAGCCCAAUUGAUAAGAGAGGCCCCGGGUUAGCUGAGAGGCGGGGCACUGCGCCAAAGCCCCUGCCAGAAUCUCCAGGUCCUGAACUUCCUGACAAGGAGGGGCUGUUUGCGAAAGCGCCUAGAAGGCCUUCAGCUGGGACAAACAAUCAACCACAUGGGCCCCCUACGGUUUACCAAGGACCAAACCAGGUUUCCGGCUCAUCAUCUCCUCCAGCGCAGCAACAAAUGAGGCCCGGCUUCAGCUCGCAAACAAGUAUUCUUGAGCAAGACUUUCAGCGCUUGCAUAUGUCGCAUUCUCCCCCGCCAGCAUAUUCUAGUGUGACCCCACAAGGUGGUUCUAGUAGCUCUCAAGCCUAUCCUAACGAAAAGCGCCCUACCGCAGCUGCCACACCUGCUGCUACCGGUGCGGCAGGCCGCCCAAAUAUAGCCUCCCCUUUAACUUCGCCUGCAUUGCAGCAUCCUGGUCAUCCAGCAUUUGCAAACGAUCCAAGAGAGGAAAUUGCCGGUCCCCAACCAAAUGGCCAAGCUUCUUCUUCACAGGCUGCUGUGAACUCAUCACCAUUCCAGAAUGCUGGUCCGGCCUCGCCACCUCCACUCCCAGAGGGUUGGAUUGCUCACUUGGAUCAGAAUUCUGGUCAAUACUACUAUAUCCAUCUUCCUACACAAGCAACUCAAUGGGAAUUCCCCAAGGGACCGACCCCUCUGUCUCUAAGUCAUGAAGCUACACCCCUCUCUCCAACCCUUUCAACCUAUGGGAACCCCUUAGCCUCUCCAGGAUUGAGCGUUUUUGGCAAGACCCCGCUAGGCUCACCGGGCUUCCCGCCACACACCCCCGGGUAUGCAGAAAGUAUAAUGAGUAUGGCUUCUCAGACCCCUACCACGGCCGGGUUCUCGGGGCCACCACCCAGUGCUGGUGUAGAUAUGUAUAAGGUCGCUCCUACAAAUGGAGUGUACUUCGGUCCCUAUUUGCGGUACGUCAAUAUGGAUAUGGAGAGGGGUGUAUGGCUAGGAACCAUUAUGCUGGUCACGGAUGCACCACAACCUCCGACGAUACACAUUCAUCAAAGUGUCGACUUGUCUCCAAACCCUCGUCAGCUUCAGCCUGCUCCAAUAUAUACACACCAGAGGUGGGUCUUUUACCGCUAUGAUGUGGACCUUCAAAUGGGUGAUGGUCCUAGUGACAAAUGGACCUAUGCCAUCACUUCACAUUUGGGUUGCACUCGUUAUGAGUUCCUGGUAGCCGGCCGAUACGAGACAAAUUGGCGAUUCAUUGCACACUCUGGCAAUGACUUCGCCUUGAAUACCAAUUUGAAUGAGCGUUCUAAACUUGGAGGUAUCGGUUUUAUGUGGAAAGAUAUACUGCAAAAGAACGUAGAAUGUGGUGGCUUCCACGUUCAGCUCGGGUUAGGUGACCAGAUAUACGGAGAUAGGCUGUGGAAGGAUGUUCCCCUUCUAAAGCAAUGGCUUGCCAUGAGUGGCAAAGACAACCGGAAGAGCGCGGCUUGGACAGCAAGACAUGAAGAAGAUGUUUCUCAUGCUUAUUUCCAUUACUAUACCAGCCAUUUUGACCAACCCUAUCUGAGAGAAGCUUUUGCACAAAUCCCUCACAUCCUUCAGAUUAAUGAUCAUGACAUUUUCGAUGGCUUUGGUUCCUAUCCAGAGUAUAUGCAGAAUUCGAAUAUGUUUAGAAAUAUUGGGCGAAUCGGAAUUGAGAUGUAUCUACUCUUUCAGCACCACACCACUCUCGAGAUUCUUCGAAAUGUCAGUACAGAUACAGAUCUGUUCACAAUUACUGGUUCCGGCUGGCACUUUGUCAAGUAUCUGGGGCCUGCAGUGGUAGUAGUCGGACCAGAUUGCCGUUCAGAGCGCAAUCAACGCCAAGUGUUAGCUGGCCCGACAUACCAAGGCAUCUUCCCCAAAGUUGCGACUCUUCCUCCAAGCGUUCAGCAUUGUAUCUGGAUGGUAUCAGUGCCAAUCAUAUAUCCACGUCUAGACACAGUCGAAAGCCUUGCCCACACAAUGGCAACCGGUAAGAAGGCUGUCACCGGCACAUAUAACCUCCUAGGGAAAGUCACAAGCUCAGUGGCUGGGGUUGUAGGAGGAAAGGAGGUUGUAGCAUCAGGAUUUUCAUCGGUGAAGAAAGCAGUUGGCAAGUCCGGUCUCAUGGGCGGCGUUCUCAAUACCUUUGGAGACAUUGAUAUUGCUGAUGAGCUUCGAGACAUGUGGACACACGAAUCGAAAGACCUCGAAAGGACCUAUUUGAUCAGGACCUUGCAGGGUAUUGCACAUCAGAAGGGAAUUCGGAUGACCUUCCUCUCUGGAGAUGUCAAUUGCUGCGGUGCGGGUCUGGUCCACGACCCCAGCCACCCAAGCGACCACAAGACGAUGUAUCAAGUGAUAUCCUCGGCUGUCGUGGCUGCUCCCCCUCCAUCUUAUGUCUUGAAGAUGCUCCACAACCAGAAACCGCUAUACGUGCCGCUAAAUGGGCAGAAAUCGACAAAUCAGGUUUCUGAUACGAAGGAAGACAUGAUGGAGAUCUUCCAAACCGAUACCAGCGGCGGCCCACGAGAACUGAAGAAGCUGAUGGGCAGACGAAAUUACGUGGCGUUUGUAGCAUAUGAUCCAGAGGCCAUCGCAGGAACAUCAUACGCCGGAAGCAUGCAUAGUGGCCAGCAAGGUCUAGCGAAGUUGAGUCUGGCAGUGGAUUUUGUGGUUCAAGGGGAUGGUGGCUUUAGCCCUCCGACAAAAUAUGGUCCGGUAAUAAUCCCAGGCCUUGAGUUUGGCCGCUGAAGGCUUGAUAAUGACGAAUCUACUUGAUCAACAUUGGAGUAUUUCGAAGAGGGAGUUGUAGGGAAGCGUUGGAUAUUUUUUUGGUCUCCUCUAUGUUCCAUAAAGCGAAGAGAUAAGACUUGAUGAUUUAAAGCAAACUUCUUCAAACACGCUGAACCUCUGUGAUCAAAGCAUGCUUCCACUGCCCCUCUGAUCUGGCAGUCAGAGAUUGAACAACUUUUUCAGCUCAGCUGCUGUAUCGUCUGGGUUCGUGACGGAGUGCCCAAUGGUUCUCGGGUCCUCAUAAAUCUCGUAAUCAUUACCCCCCUUGUACGUCUUGUCG